UCACACAGUGUUGCAGCAGCCUCACACAGUGUCACACAGUGUUGCAGCAGCCUCACAGUGUCACACAGUAUUGCAGCAGCCUCACAGUUGUCACACAGUGUUGCAGCAGCCUCACAGUGUCACACAGUGUUGCAGCAGCCUCACACAGUGUCACAGUGUUGCAGCAGCCUCACAGUGUCACACCGUGUUGUAGCAGCCUCACAGUGUCACGCAGUGUUGCAGCAGCCUCACAGUGUCACACAGUGUUGCAGCAGCCUCACAAUGUCACACAGUGUUGCAGCAGCCUCACAGUUAUCUGAAAGGCUGCAGCAGCCUCACACAGUAUCUGAAAGGCUGCAGCAGCCUCACACAGUAUCUGAAAGGCUGCAGCAGCCUCACACAGUAUCUGAAAGGCUGCAGCAGCCUCACACAGUAUCUGAAAGGCUGCAGCAGCCUCACACAGUAUCUGAAAGGCUGCAGCAGCCUCACACAGUAUCUGAAAGGCUGCAGCAGCCUCACACAGUAUCUGAAAGGCUGCAGCAGCCUCACACAGUAUCUGAAAGGCUGCAGCAGCCUCAACACAGUACUGCAGCACCUUCACAGUGCCUGUGGUGGAGAGAACGAGACCAUCUUCGUAAACAGUCAUUCGGCUGCUAUGAUCGUGAUCAGACGCACGAGCUACCUUACUCCCCACGGUUGGCAGCCACGAACUUAGAACACGCCAAUAUCACACUUAGGGCCCUAGCUCAUAACGUCCUGUGUUGUGUGUGGAGACGUGACAUGACUACCAUUGAAGUUUUGUUACCAUCACCGCGAGUCAACAUGCUGGAUACUGGAGGAGGCUUGAGCGCUGUGGACAACCUGAAUCUCCCGACCCUGUGUGGGCCUCACAGGGGCACCCGCCGCCCGUCGGGGACCGCCGAGAGUGAGAGUGAUUCUCCCCCAAGCAAGAAGAGCAAGAAGGCCCGCCGCCGCAGGAAGAGGCCACGUCAACGUUGUGCCAUGAAUGGGUUUCGUGCGAAACCAGUUGCUCCCUUCAACACCACCCAGUUCCUGAUGGCGGAGCACGACCUACUGCAGGACACGGACAUUGUUGCUCGCCCUCGACGUCAUCGUGACUCCUCGUUCAGUCUCGACUCUGAAGAUCAAUCCAACGAAUUUUACUCGUCCCCAGAAGACGAAGAAGAAUUUCUCGCCCGUGAAUUCUGGACGGCCUACGAAGACGUUCACGCCGAGCGGCUCGAUACCAUGACGAAGGCGCAGCUGGUGCAGGAGUACCUUGCCCUGGAGGAGAAGGUAGACUUAUUGGAGCGUCAGCUACGCGCUGUCAGAGCCCGUCAUCGAUAUCGUCUCCAGCAGAACGACGAUGAAGACGACGACGAUGCUGUUGGUCCUGGUGAACUGCGCGUUGAUUCUGAGACCGCACAGAAGAUCAGCAUAUUUCAGUCUGAAAUUACCAAUCUGGAAUCUGAAAAUCGCCGCCUACGGGAGGAGAACUUCGAACUGCGACGCACAUCUCUCACCAGGUCGUCGUCGUCAUCGUCCUCGUCCUCCAGUAGCGACUCGAGUAGUAGUAGCAGCAGCAGCAGUGAUUCCAGCAGUGAUAGCGAGAUGGAAGAUGAUAGCCGCAAGCAACAAGAGGAGCCCAUAGAAGCCCCAACUUCCGGAAGAGCAUCUCCCGCCGCAGAAGUGUGGAGCAGCACCGCUCAAGAGUCUCGUGUGGACUAUAUAGAGUCAGUGAACAGUGUGGAUGACCAGUGCCAGCCAGAUAGUGGCGUGUCGUGUGAUAGUCCCGAGGCUGCCGACCCUCCAACCUCAUCCUCGAUCACCGACACGGAGGAGGUGACGCCGGGCAAGUGUGAGGGCAACGCAGUGGAAAGCGAGGUCACCAGCACGACGGCAGCGUAGCGGCUUGACGCCUCGCCACGACUACUCUCACGCUUUGAUCUGUGAUCCCUGACUAAUUAUGGUCCACACGAAUGUUAGUGGCAUAUAAGGAGUCGAGGCACGCCCACCGACGUUCACCUCCCCCCCACGUCACCCCGCCAGCUGUGACGACGACGUUCCUGUUGCUUCACAUCGGCCACGAACUGGACAAAAGUCGCCGUUGGUGUUUGGCUGACGUAUGAACGUUUGUUAGUACGAGUUCAAAGUGUUCAUUUAAGUUAGUGAAUAGUAUUGAUCUCUUAUAUAUAAGCCUGAGACAGUGGUUGGGUGCUCCCGUGAACCUGUCGGCCGACUCGAGCGAGCGCAGUGUGGGAAUUUCACCAGAUUAUAUUCGCCAAGGCUCGUGUUUGUGCCGAUGACGGAUUACUUUCAGAACUUUACAAAAAGUCGAUCUCUCAAUAUUGUUCAUGAGUGAUUUUUUUUUUUAAAGAUAAAUUGAAUGUGGUCGUAUAACGAUACUAAAGUCAUGAAUACCGUACGCAAGUGUGUGUGAGGUGCCAGACGGCGCUAGUUUCCAGAUACCAGUCCGCCAACCCCGUGAAAAUCAAGGCUUAUCUCCAGGACGAUGUUGUAAUUCAAGGUGCAUGAGAUUUUGAAUAGUUAAAAGAUGACUGAAAGUAAUUGCUAUAGAGGCGGAAUUGUAUUAAAUUUCCAUCCUUAAGCUAUAGACUAUGAAGUGAAAAGAAAAUUUGUAUGCUAGUUACUGUUUAAAAAAAAAAAUAUCUCGCGGACCUAUCUUGAAGCUAGUCAUUAAGGUCAAAUUCUGAUCUUCCCACGGGGGGGUCAUAGUAUUUCAUUCAUUGUUUUGUUUCUCCUGUGGGAAUUCUACGAAUUUGUACCAUAUAUUUUUUAUGAAAAGGAAAGACGUUAUGCCAAUUUAACAGGAUAUAUUAAUAUAUUAAUUUUUAUUUUUAUUUUUGUUUUUUUAAGCCAGAGAAAGGGCAGGGCGUUCAUUUCUUGGCUGUGACUUUACGCUUGGGACAUGUGUUCCAGACGCUAUUGUAUGCUUAUAUUGUAGCGCCCCGUGAUAAAGAUUAUAUAUGUAUAUAAAUAUAUAUAAAUAAAUAAAUAUAUAUAGACGCUCGUGUAAUUUUGUUUCGCGAGCGAUUUUCGUCUUUGUGUACUGAAGAGUCUUUAAAUGUAUAUUUUUCUUGGCAGUUGUAUGUGCAGAUUUUUAAGGGAAAUGUAAACUUCUCAAGAGUUCCAAGUGUGGAUAAAUUUUUCCCCGAAUUAUUUUAUUGUUUUAAGGCUCGUCAUUACAUGUCUUUUAGUCUUACGGUUAGACUUUGAACGGUGCAUUAUUCGACCUUUACGGUAAACUCGCAGUGAGCUGCUUGAUGCUAUUUUCAGAAAUGUAAAGUUUAUCAGGCUCUUGAGAGUAUUUCACCAGGGCGUUAUGUCUACCUUUGAAAGUCUGCUACACAUAUCCUGUUGAUGGCUGCGAGACAUUUCGGCCAGAAUUCUGAAAUGGCUUGUAUGAAUCGCCAGAACCUCUUGUUCAGUUUAACUGAAUAAUAUUAGAGAUUAGUGUGUAUUAGGCAAUUUCAGAAUUCGAGGCCUAGCGAGUACAAAGUUCCCAUGAUCUUAACCUUCCCCCUUGUUUAUUUUUUUAAGAAAUGGUAUUUGUUAAGAAAAAGUUUAUCGAUAGCUAUAAAUAUAAAAACGUAAAUAAUUUUUUUUUUGGUUAUAUGCAAAGUUAUCUUAUGAUGGUCGUACCUGAAAUUAUAAGAUAAAUAUGAAAUGUGAUCUUUCCUUUUCAGAAUGUUAUGUGCUUCCUACGCGGAGAAAUAUUGUAAAACAGAUUUUCCAGAAAUAAAAAAUAAUUUUAAUUUGAA